GUGGCUGUGCCGGGCGCUUAGACGUCUGCUUGACUUCCGAGUCCCUGUCUCUUCACCUUCACUUCGUCUUCACUCUUCAUUCUCUCGUUCUCUCUGCUACCAUGGGUAAUGAUGGAGGAAGUAUUCCGGAUAGAAGAGAUCUCGUGAAGGCAAAGCCCAAAGCUGAGCAGGCUGAUAAGGCCAACCAGGUCCGCGCCCGGUGGUUCUUCUGUGCUCUCUCCAAGAAACCUCUUGCAGAGCCUAUCGUCUCGUGUGCCCUCGGGAAGCUCUACAACAAGGACGCUAUCAUAGAGUAUCUGCUCGACAAAGCGGCUUAUGGAGACGGUGAAGAGAUAUGUGGGCAUAUUCGGUCAUUAAAGGACGUGAAGCAGCUUAAGUUUACCCCACGCACCGCCCCCGCCGCCGCCACCGACCCGUCCAGCGGCGAACCCGCCAAGUUCGUCUGCCCGCUCACCUUCCGCGAGAUGAACGGCGUCCAGCCCUUCUCCUACAUCCACCCUUGCGGCUGCGUCUUUUCCCAGUCCGGCUUGCGCACCGUCACUGCAUCUGGCUCAAAAGACAAGAGCAAGGACAAGGAGGGCGAACAGUUCGAGGUUUGCCCCCAGUGCGCGACCAAGUUCUCGCUCGUUGCCGACGUGUUUACGAUCAACCCGUCUGAAGAGGAGGAGGAGAAGAUGCGGGCGGCCAUGGAGGCGCGUCGGGCUGCUGAGCCAACGAAGAAGUCGAAGAAGCGCAAGGCGGUGGCUGUUGCCGCCGAUUCGGGGACGCCAGGUGUGGAGGACAGCGCGGCACCAGUUGAGAAGAGGGCGAAGAAGAGCUCGUCACCGACGAAUGGCACUUCGUCGUCGCCAGCGCCGGCGGGCGGUAGGCCUGUCAUCACGACGGCGUCGCGCGGGCUGUCGAGCAGCCUCGCCGCCGAAGAGGCGAAGCGCAAGGCAGGGAUGAGCGAUGCUGUAAAGUCACUGUACCAUGACAAGAACAACGCUCCACGGAAGGAAACGUUCACGACAAUGGGUACUUUCACUCGCUACGCUUAAUCCUGAGAGGCGCGGGCUAUGUUUCAUCAUUGAUACUUCGCUAGAGUACUUCCAUGGCUUUUAUGAUGCUGUAGUUCCUGUAUAGGUGUGUAUUUGUAUGCCGUAAAAUCCGCUUAUCGCUGUGUUCCAGAAUACUGUUAAUCAUCUUAAUUCUGGAAAACGUGCGAAUCGCCAUGAGUGCCUAAGGCUGUUCGCUUAUUCUCAUCACUCGUCCUGCUAUCAUAUUGCUUCUUGGGCUACAUUCAACGUGCCGCUUCGUGCAUCUCGGGUUGGACGGGCUAAACAUCGAGGUUGCUACCUUAAACCACUUAUGUUCCCGAGCAGCGCGCUCUUAGGGCUUGCUGUGGAGCCGGCUGUUCCGUUAUUUUGUCCUCUAUCACCAUCCGUUCUGCACCUAAGAGGCCGGUGGACGCAUAAAAGUCUCUAAGCCUCCUCCACCGAGCGAUGCACCCAUCCUACAUCUCCCAGCGACUGGAUUUGUACUGCACGCUAGAAAGCAUGGACAGCGCUGUCCGCACCGAUGACCCACCCAUAUACCACCCCACAACAUCCGACGUCCUCCAGCUCAAGCGCCUCCUUGCGUCCCCACCCGUCUCGCUCCCCCUUGACCUCGUCGAACCCAUUGUCGACCUGGCGGAGUACUGGCCGCAUAGCUCGCUCGACCUUGUCGGAAUCGAUGUCGUCGCCAGCGGGGAGGACCGUGUUUACGCUCGUACGUCACCGCUCGGU